AUGUCAGACGUCCGUGGCAACGUUACUCGGCCUGGAAACGUUGAGAAUUCUGCCCUUUUCGAAGCAGUAGGCUCAUAUCUUUUCGAGAGUAUGAAGCUAUUGGAGGAAGACCCCGCCGAAACAUCGCGCGACAUUCUCCUUACCCUUAGCCGCCAGCUUGCAAACAACUCUUUGCCGGCUUAUUCGAGCUCAGCUACGAAGGAAUUCACACCGCCGGCGUUUGCAGUACGCGUCAACUCGUAUUUCUUUGCGAGCAUUUCCUGCAGUCUCGUCGCGGCCCUCGGUGCCGUCCUCGCUUUACAGUGGAUUGGCUCCUACGAUGUUGGGUUAAACGCAACUUCGGCCGAGGAUCGUGCUAUGCAGAGGCAGUUGCGGUGGGAAGGUAUAUCUAAUUGGAAGAUGAGAGAGAUCAUCUCCGCCUUCCCGGUCCUUCUCUACGUUGCCUUGCUGAUGUUCCUUGUCGGAUUGGCAGAAUGGCUGUGGCACAUUAAUCGCAGUGUUGCUACAAUCGUCAUUUCUGGUUUAUCAGUUGCUACGAUACUCUUCGCUAUCACAACAAUCGUCGAAUAUUUCGACGUUUUCUCGCCAUUUCGCACACCACUGUCUCAAUUGCUCGCAUACUUCACGAUGACGGGACAAAACCUGGCCCGAAGAUUUAUUCUCCGUGGGAAGUACGUCCCGGAACCACUGACAUUCAGGGAACGCGAACGGAAUGAAGUUCAGAGACAGCACGAACAUGCCUAUCAGAAUAGUAUUCUAUGGCUAGUUGAGCAGACAGAAGACGUCCCCUCGUCUCAUUCACAGUUUUUGGCCGUAGUCGAAGAGUCUCUAGGCGGCACUGGCUCUUGGUUGCUAAUGCCCAGGCCCGUACUCCUCUCAAGCAAUCAGUGGAGAAUGGUUUUCAAUAGGAUUGUUGCCCCAUAUUUUGGCCUCGACGACUCCAGCGAUCUCAACGAUGAGGAUACAUCGACUUUAUUGGCUGUGACUAGGGCUCUAAUCCGCCUCCCACCAAGCGUGUUCCAUGACACUCAUUUGGCAUAUGCUGUGGUUUCUAUGCUCAAUGAAUCUCAGAAGUCACUGCUCGGGCUUCUCAUCAAAAUUCUGAUCAUGAUUAGAAGCUCGGCAGUCCCCUCAGAACCCCAGACUCCAGAUUUACCUGAGAUCGUUGAGUAUGCCGAAGAAGUCGAAGUGUCUAUUAUAUUUGAUCUCGACCGGCUUGUCACUGUUAGGUUUCUUCAAUGCCUAGAAUUAGAGAAAAUAUCCACUAUUUCUGGUCUCUGUCGACUUCUAGAGCCAUUCGACCUGCGUGGCAAGCAUAAAAAGGACUGGCUAUUGGUUGAAGACAUCAAUAUUUUAAAUGCACUAAUGGAUAUUGCGUAUUCGCUAGCGGGCAUGCCUUAUUCAGCGGUGCAUUCAACUAUUUGCAUCGUAAUCGCAUUACAGUACCUUGUAGGGAGGGAAUUAUUGGGAAUAACAAUCACAAAAAUCGAAAAGGUUAUAAAACUCUUUCAGAUCUAUCCAGAAUUGGCUGUAUCCCAGAGACGACACAUAUAUGGGACACUAAUCCAAAACGAUCUUCAAUGCAAAGACGCACUCCAAGUCAUACCUAUGACUCUGGGCUUACAUCAUCAGUCUGAUAUGACAAAGGGCAUUUCCAAGCUGUGGGCCGACGUGAUGGAAGCAGCCGACAAAGUGGUCUCGUCUAGUCCUGGGAUAUACUAUAGAAAUGAUUUAGUAGCACUAAUCAUACAAUUUCUUUCUGGUAGCGUAUAUGUCCAGGACCGCACUAUCCAUUUGGCUCCCCAUACCUUCAAAGACAGAACGCUGGCUCUCAUUUGCUCAAUAUUUGGACUAUAUUCGAAUUUUAACCUGUGGGAAGAGCUGGAGGAUGUGUCUGACAUCUUAUGGAAGGAUCCUACGUGGAUUCAAGCUGUCAAGAUAUGGUUCCGUGAUUUUAGACACUUGGAACAAGGUAUCCUAAAGCAGGAAACCCAUAAAAUGAUAGUUCAAACGCUUGCGUAUGGUCCACAUCAACUUUUUGGGAGCCUUAUGCUUCCUUUAUUGGACAUAAUCCGCUACACGGCACCGGAGACAGAGAUGAUUGUGGAGUUUAUAUGCCACCCUCGCAUGCUUUCGUGCGAUGUAUUCACUGAAACAUGGGAAAAACGCCUUGAGAUACGCCCCGCGAUACUCUCCGAUAUCUUGUGCUGUCUCAAAAACUCUCCAGCGCUGACAAGUAGACUAAAGGAUGCAAGGUUAGAGCGGUACAUUAUCACCCUGAGCAGGAUGGGGGCCUUUACUCCCCUCUUCCGGCUUUUACAACACUGUAUACAGGAAUCUCCGGACCUGAAGACUCUUCAUUGGUAUAUCGGGCUGGCGUACAUACCACUCGAGCCGGAUAUCGUCAAAGGGGCAAGACCUAGAUGUGUCAUUAUGCCCGGACGCACGGCUGAGACUCCGACCGAUCUAAGGCUGUCCACCGAGUCCUUGGAUAUUAUUGGUGGCCCAUUCCAUUCACUAAGACUACGUUUGCAGCAUGUUGAUGUGCCCAUUUGGGAGGAUGACAUUGAAUCUGACACCGUCAAGAUUCGUGAAGGAAUUCACAGUAUGAUACAGAAGAGUAUGGAGGUAUACGGGCGUUGGUCGUCCUCAAUCUCGGAAACAGAGAAAGAAAACUGGCAGGGAAUACUCAAUGACAUCAAAGAGAUCGAAAGAGGUGCAAAGCGCGGGUAUAUUGCCGUGAUAUCACCACCUGGCGCGGGUUGCUUCCGAGAUCCAGACGGCCUGUGUUCCCGGAGCAUCAUGUAG